UAAUUAACGGGGGUGUAUUCGAUUGGGAUUUUAAUGCAUUGUUUUUAGUCUAUGGAUUUUAAUGGAUUGUAUGGGAUUUUGAUUUUGUGCGGAUUCUUGAUGAAAUGUCGUAGAAUUGAUAGGAUUUAGGUACAAUGCUUCAAAAUCCCAUUGAAUUUGAUGGGAUUUCAAAAAACUUAAAAUACACUGAAGAAUGCCACAAAAUCCAUCAUUUUAUGAAAUGAAAAAAAAUCCAUCAGCAUUUGAAUACCAUCAGAUUUUAAUGGAUUUUAAACAAUCCCAAUUGAAUACCAUCGGAUUUUAAAGCAUAAUUUAAAAUCCCAAUUGAAUACCACCAGAUUUUGUGGCAUAAUUUAAAAUCCCAAUUGAAUACCUCAAGAUUUUAAUGGAUUUCAAACAAUCCCAAUCGAAUACCCUCGAAUUUCAUGAAUGCAAAAAAAUCCUUUAAAAUCCCAAUCCAAUACACCCCUCUAAAUCCUAAAUUAUAGCAAUCAUGUUAGUGGCACGCGGGUAAAGAAAAUUCGAAUUUUUGUUUGCUCUCCUCACACCGUAGAACCGUGAUCUGCUUUUCCCACCGCAUCAUUUUCCUUCUUCUCCGACCUGCGUUGUCGACGGACCCGACCCGGUAGUUAACCUCCUACAGAUAUGGCAGCGUUCUUUUUUCUCCUCUCUUUUCCAAACGUGCUUACUUCUCGGAUUAAACUACUCUCAUCACACCAUCAUUCUGUUUAGACACCGAUCCAUUGUCGAAGAUACUAAGCGCCAGAUUACCAAAUCCCGGUUCUGGUGAUCAUAUCUGUUUUACAAGCACACAACUUAAACACAAUAAUCAUCUUUGACAUAUCCUGAUAUUCAAGUUUUUGCACAACCUUGAAACUGGGAAAAAGAGAAGAUAUAAUAAAUUUGUGACAUUCUAAAAAACGAUGAAGGGGAUUGGGUCAUGGACGUGUGUUGAUGCUAAGGAUGCCGAAAAACAAGUCAGCAUAAAAACGAUGAAGGGGAUCAGGUUUGACCGGGAACUCAAUGUUUUCAUUAAUAAAACUUUAUGUUCGGAAUCCUCUUCAGACUCCCAGUACGAAACCAAGAUAUAGGAUGGGAGAUCUUUCAAAGUAUAAGUAUACACAUUAUCAAACUCAAACUAUCCACGCAUCUUGGAAAGUUUAGCAUUAACAAGAAGAAAAGUCUAAUGCUGGCGGAGCAAGCAUCAAAACGGGGAGCCAAAAUUUUGAUGCCAACUUUCAAUGAUGUUAGUGAAGAAUUUGCAAUGUGAAGAUGGUGUCUGUGUUAUGCUUACAGGGAGAGUUGAAGCUGGUGGCAGGGAGAUUGAGCGACCAUAAACCAACUGCAUUUUCCCAUACAAUGGCGAGGAUACUGCAGGUAUACUUGAAGUUUCAUGACUACUGCUCACCAGCAGUAGUAACCGGAAAAAACCAGCAGAAGAUCACUCUACAUAGCUGCCGAACAGAAUUUCUUUUCCCAUUUGCAGAAAACCAGAAACUAGCACCAGAACAAUCCAGACAGACCUCCAGGAUCACAUGCACAAAGGAUCAUCACAGCAGGGUUCCAGAACAGGGCAGUCAAAUGUCCGGCCUGAAUACAAACACCAGAGUUUAUACGUCAAGCAUAGAAGAUAAAGUCUGUAAGCACAUGGCUAAUCAGUCUUUAAAGUCAUUGUCUGCAGCUUAG